AUGCUGUGGAGAGUGACUCUUGCGGUGGCUGUGGUGUUUGUCAGCGGCAUGUGCAGUUGUGUGAGGGCUGAUGUGAUGAGCAGGCUGAUCCUCCCGAGGGACUACGGGGUGAAACUGUGCGGGAGAGAGUUCAUCAGAGCAGUCAUUUUCACCUGCGGAGGCUCCCGCUGGAAACGAUCCACAGAGGAGGAAUCAGAUCCUUUCCUGUUGAAAUCCUUCAGUGGUGUCACAGUGGAGGACAGUCAUCAAACCUGGCAACCCAGCACAGAGCUCACAGCAGACACCCUUUCUCCUCUCCGUCUAGCCUCAUCCUACUCCUUGGCUGACCUCGUGGCUCUCUACGGAGACAGGCAGCAUUCGCUGAAAGACCCCGAGAUGCUUCGGCGGUCCACAGUUGUGGGUGAGCAGGACGGGUACCAAGCUGCUUGGUCCAUAGCGAGCAAAGGGAAGAGGAACUUUUCUCUGGGUGUGGCAGGGAAGUGCUGCAGCCAGGGCUGUACCAAAAAUGACAUCGGACGCUUGUGCUGA